CUGAAGUUCUUGCCAUCCAACAGCCCCAUUUCAUCAGCAAUUUUGCUCCGUUCCCUUCUCUCUUCUCCUGUUCCAUCACAGAGAUCCCAUCUCACACACAGCAGUAGCAGUUUGGGUUCCCUAUCUGGCACGUGCGUCAGUGCGUUGCCCUCAGCUUUGCGCCCUCAGUUCUGCACAUCCCAUGGGUCCCACUCUGGGAUCUUUUUCACAUUCUUAAGCACAGAAGCAAGAUCCUCCCGCAUGGCUCCUGGCCCCUUCAGCCUCCCCAACAGCAGCUCCUCCUCCUUCGUCCUUGUGGGUGUCCCCACCCUGGAAGCUUUCCCCAUCUGCCUGGGCAUCCUUUUCUGCUCAGCGUACAUCCUCGCCCUGCUAGGAAAUAGCACGGUCCUGCUGGUCAUUGCACUGGACAGGUCCCUGCGGGACCCCAUGCACUGCUUCCUGGCUAUGCUGGCCGCCAUCGACGUGGUGAUGGUGACGUCCAUCAUCCCCAAGCUGCUGGGCAUCUUCUGGUUCCGUUCCAACCAGAUCGGUUACACCGCCUGCUUUGCUCAGAUGUUCUUUGUUCACUCCGCCACAUCAGAGGAGUCAGGAGUGCUCCUGGCCAUGGCUUUUGACCGCUACGUCGCCAUUUGUCACCCCCUCAGGUACAGAAUGAUCCUGAAUCGACAAACAGUUGCCCGGAUAUGCCUGGCCAUCGUGGUGAGAGCACUGCUUCUCAUGGUGCCGUUGACAGGGAUGGUGACAAACCUCCCCUACUGCCGUUCCCUCGUGGUUCCCCAUUCAUACUGUGAGCACAUGGCUGUCACCAGUCUUGCCUGCGCAGACCCCAACCCCAGCAGGCUGUACAGCAUAUCUAUGUCCUCUCUCAUAGUAGGGACGGACACGGCUUUCAUUGCUGCGUCCUACCUGAUGAUCCUGAAAGCCGUCCUGGGCAAGGAAUCGUGCAGGAGGGCCUUCAGCACCUGCGGGUGCCACAUCUGUGUGAUGAUGCUGUACUACAUCCCCGGCCUGCUCUCCAUCUACAUGCAGCACUUCAGCCAGGCUGUGUCUGUGCGUGCACAGGUCCUGCUGGCCGAUCUCUACCUCACCCUCCCCGCCGUGCUGAACCCCAUCAUCUACAGCAUGAGGACCAGGCAGAUCCAGAAGGCAGCGCUCAACCUGCUGCGCCCCAGGAAGGCUCACGGCCAUCACAGCGCUCGGUGA